AACGACAGGUACCGUGCCUGGACUACAGUCGUCAGUCGAGAGUCGAAGCUAGGUCUGAUUGGACCCACGAGCACUGACGAGGUUCUCCGGGCAGGCAAACGCAGUACCGAGACACUUUCACCGGGAUGCUGAGGGAAACGGUUCUUGUUUUCGCGGCGCUCGUCGUAUUCGCCGGUGCAACCACAGUAAACCAAUGCGGCUCAGAAAUACCAUUCGAGGAUUCUACCCAGAUUAGUGUAUCCGAUUGCGAUAAGCCGACAUGCAUAUUGAAACAAGGAACAACAGUGACCAUACAGAUCAAACUUGUACCCAAUAGAACUAUCAAUAAUUUGGUCAAUGAUGUGGGCGCAGUUCUUUUCAACGUGCCCUUGCCCUUCGUAGGAGUUGAUGGAACAAAUGCCUGCGAGAAUAUUUAUAACUCUGAUGGUAGCAAAGCUGGAUGCCCGUUGCAACCGGGUGUCGAGUACAUAUACAAGAACAGUUUCGACGUGCUGCCAUUAUAUCCCAGGGUCUCAUUGAUCGUACGUUACGCACUGCGAGAAGGAAAUGACAAGGUCAUAUGCUUCGAUGUUCCAUCAAAAAUUACGAAAUGAAACUGUUUGGUUCGCCGACUUCGACAUAUUAAAAUCAAAGGCCACACUGCGCGCAGUUAUAGCUUGUAGCUUACGUAAUUUAAUUGAGUCGUGUGCAACGUUGCAUGUAAAAUGAUGCUUCGAAGAUUAGUGCGAUUGAAGCGCGUUAUGUAUGUUCGAUAUACAUUGUUGUAAUAAUAAGCAUUUGUAAUAUGCAUAAUUAUUUUUAAUAAAAUUAUGUAUAGAAAAUA